UGAGUUAGGAGAGUCCGGAAAGAGGGCCUUUGAGGGACUGAUGGUGCUCCUGCUACCCCUCAUCACUGUAUUCCUGGUGACGCACAGCAACGCUCGAACUCACUCUCUGAGAUAUUUUCGCCUGGGCGUUUCAGAUCCUGGCUACGGGAUCCCUGAAUUCAUUUCCGUUGGCUAUGUGGAUUCUCACCCUAUCACCACAUACAACAGCGUCACCCGGCUGAAGGAGCCUCAGGCGCCGUGGAUGGCGGAGAACCUGGCGUCCGAUCACUGGGAGAGGUACACCCAGCUGCUGCGGGGUUGGCAGCACGCCUUCCAGGUGGAGCUGAAAUACCUGCAAAGCCACUACAAUCACUCAGGGUUUCACACUUACCAGAGAAUGAUUGGCUGCGAGUUGCUGGAGGAUGGCAGCGCCACAGGAUUUCUCCAAUACGCGUACGACGGACAGGAUUUCAUGGUCUUCCAGAAAGACACUCUGUCUUGGACAGCCAUAGACAGUGUGGCUGUAAUCACCAAGCGGGCCUGGGAGGCCAACCGGCAUGAGCUGCAGUAUCAAAAGAAUUGGCUGGAAUCAGAAUGCAUUGCCUGGUUAAAAAGAUUCAUAGAAUAUGGGAAAGAGACCCUACAAAGAACAGAGCCUCCGCUGGUCAGAGUACAUCGCAAAGAAACUUCUCCAGGGAUUACAACUCUCUUCUGCAAGGCUUAUGGUUUUUACCCUCCAGAGAUUUCCAUGAUCUGGAUGGAAAAUGGGGAAGAAAUUAUACAAGAAAUUUAUUAUGGGGACAUUCUUCCCAGUGGAGACGGAACCUAUCAGACAUCGAUAGCCCUUGAGGUUGAUUCUCAGAGCAGCAAGAUCUACUCCUGUCAUGUGGACCACUGUGACGUCCACAUGGUUCUUCAGGUCCCCAAAGAAUCAGAAACGGUCUUUCUGGUGAUGAAAGCCAUUGCUGCAGCCGUUGUCCUUGCCAUUGUCCUGGCUGGAGUCGGCGUCUUCGUUUGGAGAAGGAGGCACGCAGAGCAAAAUGAAAUUGUCUACCUGCCCACGCCCAGGCAGUGAUGGCGGACACCUCCUUUCUGGUCCUCCGGCCCCGAGGAGCCAAGAUCUCCUUUGCCUUCUGUGCACAUCCAGCCCUGAGAGUCACUUCAGGAGCCCCACUGUAACAACUGGACACACAUCUCAUCCUUGACCUCUGUCCUCCCCGGCUUUGACCCUGACAUUUGCCCUCUGGCCACAGGUAAAGGCAUUCUUAUUCUUGGGGCCAAUGCCUUGGAGAACGCCCCCCCUUCCGUGCCAGAUCCUUGCUCCCUGUCCCAACUUAAUUCCCUAGAUUAGGCUCCCAAUCCACCUCUCUCUCCGCUGACACCAGGUGGAUUACGUAGAAGCACACUCCUGUUCCUUUUGUUUUUAGGGUCUCCCCAGGUCAUUUUGGUACCACUCUUUACACAGUGUUGCAUUGUAAAGAGAACACAUGCACUUUAUUUCUGUGAUGGUUUUGUCUUAUCUUCAGAACAGCUAAGACGUAUUAUAAUUUUUAUGGACACUGAGAACCAUGCAGGUGACACUUACAUACAUAUAUAUAUUUGGAGUCCUGUGAAUCCAGACGAACUCUCUAACAGUGGGAGAGAGAGGGGAGGAGAGAUACAUAUGCGCAUACAUGUACAUACACAUGUACAUGUAUCUCCAUUGCACUCUUAUCAAAGACACGGGCGGUCAACUGUCCCUUUGUUCGCCCCAGGGCCUUGCCCCAUACCUAAAAUGGACUAGAAAUAACAAAAUGUAGGAAGAAGAUGGAAGAGGAGGAGGCGGGGAGAAGAAUGUGAUGAAAAGACGUUCUGUCAUGCGCUUGUAGAAUUUCUGGCUUUCCUUGGGAAAUUCCAUAAUAUAAGGAGAGUGACAGUUGAUUUUUAAAAAUACCUAAGAUUUUGUUACUUUCAUUUUGUUGGUGGUUAAAAAUCAUAUUUCCCUAAAGGAUUUCAGGUUUUUAAAAUAUCAAUUCAUUUUGUUGAUUAUGGAUACUCAGUAAUCGGAAUCUAUGAAAUGUUUGAUAACGUCGUGUGAACAUUAAAAACAAAGACUGACCAGAAGAACUAGAUGGACUACUACUGACCAUUCUGAUCAGGAACAGAUAGAUAGAUCCUGACAGAAUGGGAGCAUGUCUAUGUCAUUGAAUAAAUGAUUGAAUUAUUGA